AUUGAACAAUUGUAUUGCAGGUUGUAACGAUCUGGAAAACAAUAAGGAGUUUGUAUCAAUGCGUGAGUAUUAUUCAUAUAAAUUGCAGAUGCGAGAAAAAUAUACUCCAAGUGUACUUAAUACUGGCAGACUGCUACAACAAUAUGUGAUUGAUAUGUAUAUAAAGAUAGAAACCCAGAGACUUGAUUACUACAAGAAUCGACAAGAAUUAAUAAGAAGAGAGCAGCUUCAAGGUAUAAUGGACAGUGUAGUAGCAGGGCAUUGCCAGGGAUCAAGGGUAGGGCAGCGAGUAAUCCUCCCAGCUUCAUUUAUAGGUGGUCCACGUGAUAUGAGGAGAAGAUAUGUUGACGCCAUGGCUCUUGUACAAAAAUUCGGCAAACCAGAUCUGUUCAUUACAAUGACCUGCAACCCUUCAUGGCCUGAGAUCAAACAACAUAUGCUUCCUACUGAUGAGGCUCAUAACAGACCAGACUUAUUAGCUCGGAUUUUUCACGCUAAACUUGAUCUUCUCAAAGAAGAACUCUUCAGAAAAGAAAUCUUUGGACCAGUAGCUGCCUAUACCUAUGUAGUUGAGUUUCAAAAACGUGGUCUGCCCCAUGCUCAUUUUCUCAUAAUCUUGAAAGCAGGGUCCAAGCUCUACUCCACAGAAUCUUAUGAUAACAUUGUGAGUGCAGAAAUUCCUGAUAAGAUGCCCAAUCGACAUUUAUUUAAUAUGGUCCGAAAGCAUAUGAUCCAUGGUCCUUGCGGAAAACAAAAUCCAGAUAAUGUUUGUAUGCAAGGAAGUCAGAAGAAGAAGUGCAAAAAUAAUUACCCAAAGCCAUUUGCUGAUACAACCUUCCAUGGAGAGAAUACAUAUCCCACUUAUCGCAGAAGGAAAGAUGGAAAGAAAAUAAUAGUUCGCGGACAUGAGUUGGAUAAUAGAUGGGUAGUUCCAUACAAUGGAUAUCUGUUAGCAAAAUUUGACUGUCAUAUAAAUGUAGAAAUUUGCUCCACAGUGAAAGCCGUGAAGUAUAUAUACAAGUAUAUAUAUAAGGGGCAUGACAGAAUACGUUUUAGAGUAAAUUCAGAUGCUUCUGAUCGACCAGAUUCUAACAUCCAACCAUCUGCAAUUGAUGAAAUAAGGGAAUUCCAGUCGGCUAGAUGGGUAUGUGCAGUAGAGGCAACUUGGAGAAUCUUCAGAUUCCAGCUAAGUGAAAUCCAUCCUUCUGUCAUUCACCUCCAGCUCCACUUAGAAAAUUGCCAAGCAAUGAAUUUCACACCCGAUCAGGACCUUCGAGAUGUGGUGAGGAAUAGGCAUGCAAAAAGAACCAUGUUAACAGAAUUCUUCUAUAUGAAUUCAGUGGACAAACUGGCUCAGCAUCUUAAGUGCACGUACAAAGAAUUCCCAGAACACUUCGUUUGGUACCCUGGCAAGAAGAAAUGGGAACCCAGAAAACAAAAGCAUUCUAUUGGUAGAAUUGUCGCAGCAAGCAUAGGAGAAGGAGAACGUUACUUUCUUAGAUUACUCCUAACACAUGUUAGAGCUCCAACAUCAUUCGAUGACCUCAAGACAAUCAAUGGAAAAUAUAUCAGUACAUUCCGUGAUGCAGCUAUCCUUAGAGGCUAUUUUGAAUCAGAUACGUCGCAGGAGCAAUGUCUUGAAGAAGCUAGCUCGUACCAGAUGCCAUACAUACUGAGAAGGCUAUUUGCAACUCUCCUGGCGGAACAGGCAAAACAUUUCUCUAUCGAGCACUCUUAGCUGAAGUGAGAUCAAAAGGAUUCAUAGCACUUGCUACAGCAUCAUGUGGAGUAGCAGCUUCAAUAUUACCUGGUGGAAGAACAUCUCACUCAAGAUUCAACAUACCAUUAGAUACAACCAAAAAUACCAACUGCAGAAUCAGCAAACAAAGUUCAUCAGCACAACUUCUAAAAUCAGCCAGCCUUAUAAUUUGGGAUGAAGCUCCAAUGAUGAAUAAAAUCUCAAUAGAAGCUGUUGAUAGAUUACUCCAAGAUUUAAUGGACUGCAAUGACUUAUUUGGAUCAAAGGUAAUUGUCUUUGGAGGAGAUUUUCGUCAGGUAUUACCGGUUGUUACUAAAGGCACAAAAGUGGAUUUUAUUGAU